UGGAGCAGGUGGUGUGCACAAGCUAGACAAGCAGCCGCGGCAGCGAGAACAGGCGAGCAGACUGAUCACUGGACCCGCCGUACGGAGGCGCGGUGACCGGUCUGGCCCUCACGCGGGCUCUUAAGCAGUGACCGACGCGCGCGUUCCUUCUCCCCACGCGGCGGCGCCGCUAGUUUGUGUUUACAGACCUUCAGGGGAACCCACUGUUGUAGUCAUGGCCUCUGAAGACAUUGCCAAACUGGCAGAGACCCUGGCCAAAACCCAGGUAGCCGGAGGACAGCUGAGUUUUAAGGGCAAGGGUCUCAAACUGAAUACUGCAGAAGAUGCUAAAGAUGUGAUUAAGGAGAUUGAAGAGUUUGACGGCCUGGAAGCUCUACGAUUUGAGGGCAACACAGUGGGCGUGGAAGCCGCCAGAGUCAUCGCCAAGGCCUUAGAGAAGAAGUCCGAGCUGAAGCGAUGCCACUGGAGUGACAUGUUCACUGGAAGGCUUCGGUCUGAGAUCCCACCGGCUCUGCUCUCACUAGGGGAGGGACUCAUCACUGCAGGAGCACAGCUGACGGAACUGGACCUCAGUGACAACGCGUUUGGACCUGAUGGAGUGCGAGGCUUUGAGGCCCUUCUUAAGAGCCCAGCCUGCUUCACCCUGCAGGAGCUCAAGCUUAACAACUGUGGCAUGGGCAUCGGCGGUGGCAAGAUCCUGGCAGCAGCUCUGACUGAGUGUCACCGAAAGUCCAGUGCUCAAGGCAAGCCACUGGCCCUGAAGGUGUUUGUAGCUGGCAGAAAUCGCCUGGAGAAUGAUGGAGCCACUGCACUGGCAGAAGCUUUUGGGAUCAUCGGGACUCUGGAAGAGGUCCAUAUGCCACAGAAUGGAAUUAACCACCCUGGUGUCACGGCCCUGGCCCAGGCAUUUGCCAUCAACCCUCUGUUGCGAGUCAUCAACCUAAAUGACAACACCUUCACUGAGAAGGGUGGAGUGGCCAUGGCUGAGACCCUGAAGGCUCUGCGACAAGUGGAGGUGAUCAAUUUUGGAGACUGCCUGGUGCGCUCUAAGGGCGCCGUGGCCAUCGCAGAUGCUGUCCGUGGGGGCCUGCCCAAGCUGAAGGAGCUGAACCUAUCGUUCUGUGAAAUCAAGAGAGAUGCUGCCCUGGUUGUUGCUGAGGCUGUGGCUGACAAGGCUGAGCUGGAGAAGCUGGACCUCAAUGGCAAUGCCCUAGGAGAAGAGGGCUGUGAGCAACUUCAGGAGGUGCUGGACAGCUUCAAUAUGGCCAAAGUGCUGGCAUCCCUCAGUGAUGAUGAGGGAGAGGAUGAAGAUGAUGAGGAAGAAGGAGAAGAGGAUGAAGAUGAGGAAGAUGAAGAGGAUGACGAGGAGGAGGAGGAAGAGGAUGAUGAGGAGGAGGAGGAAGAAGAGGAAGAGCUACCGAAUCGAGGGUCAGGAGAGGAGCCAGCUACACCCUCAAGGAAGAUCCUGGACCCUAACAGUGGAGAGCCAGCUCCCGUGCUGUCCUCCCCGCCUCCCACAGACCUCUCCACCUUCCUGUCAUUCCCCUCCCCAGAGAAGCUGCUGCGUCUGGGUCCCAAGGUCUCAGUGCUGAUGGUCCAGCAGACUGAUACCUCCGACCCUGAGAAGGUUGUUUCAGCCUUCCUGAAAGUGGCAUCUGUGUUCAGGGACGAAGCCUCAGUAAAGACAGCAGUGCUGGAUGCCAUCGAUGCCCUCAUGAAGGCGGCUUUCAGCUCCUCCUCUUUCAAUUCCAACACCUUCCUCACCAGGUUGCUCAUCCAUAUGGGUCUGCUCAAGAGUGAAGACAAGAUCAAGGCCAUUCCCAACCUGCACGGCCCCCUGAUGGUGUUGAACCACGCGGUGCAGCAGGACUAUUUCCCCAAGGCUCUUGCGCCCCUGCUGUUGGCGUUUGUGACAAAGCCCAAUGGCGCACUGGAAUCCUGCUCCUUUGCCCGCCACAAUCUGCUGCAGACACUAUACAGCAUGUAGAUUUAAAGCCAGCUUCUUGUCCCUCGCCCUGCCCCAGUGACUGGGGGGCUGGGAUGGACUGAGCUCAGCCAGCAUCUCCAUUGGAUAGGAUUUUGACCAGAGGCAGGGGAGGGCCUUGUCUCACAUGUCAUAUUGGUCCUUUGAUACUGUGUUGGUUUGGUGUGUGUGUGUGGGUAUGUACUUCCUGUCUGGAUUGCAGAUCUUCAUCUCCCUACUGGACUAACCCAGGUCCACUGUAGGGUACUGAAGCCCGGGGGAAGGGCUGACAGCUGCUUUGUUAUUAAACUUAGGCCAACUUAGCCAUAGGCCCUGUUGGCUGUCCUGCUUGUCCUACCUUCCUGUCCCACCAAAGCCUGGGGAAUUACUGUGUGCUGUGUCCACCAUGCCUAUGGUACAGAGACUGUCAGAGGUGGGCUGUCAUUAGAAAGUGAAACUCUAGCCUUAACCAUGGGGCUUGGAGGAGCAGCCAGGGGCCAACCCCAAAUAGCCCAGGAGUGAGAAUUGCCCGUGGUUCCCUGGCUCUUGGACCCAGUGGAAGAAGCACCUUGGCUGGCCCAGCCCUGUUCUUCAUCCUGGGGAGGGAAGGGCAGGUCCCCUACUGCCUGAACCACGUGCUUGUGGCCUGCUCUUCGAGGGUUUUCUGAGACAGGAGCUGGAUGGGAGAUGCCCUGUGACUUCCCAAAGUGGCUGCUUGGCCACCUCCUACUUCCCAUUGUGUGUGUCUGGGCUGUGCCUGGGAGCUUCACAAAUAAAAGUCACCUGUGGUAGUUGCA